UGGACUUUGCCUGUGCUGGGCAGAGAGACACUUCAACAGAAGCCUGGUAUAGUGUAUCAGUGCUGUUCAGCUUGCAGCAGGAAGAUGAGCUCCACGAAGAUAUGUUCAGCUUUCGAUAUUGUGAUGGUGUUGUGUGUAACCAGUUUGGUUGUAGCUGGGCCGGGGGAAUUGACCCCCAGUGAGACACCAGCCAGACAACAGGGUGUCAGUGUACUUUUUUACGUCGCCCACCAGGGCCAGCUGAGAGAUAUCCAGUUCAACCCAAUCAUCUUUAACCAUGUUUUGGUGAACAAGGGCUCUGGCUACAAAAAUGACACGGGUAUUUUCACUGUGCCAGUUGGUGGUAUCUACCAGUUUGUGUUUACUGCUCAGCUCUGCAGAGGAGAACACAACAACCAAUGGUACUUCAAAGUCAACGGGCAAGAAAAGAUGUUGUGCCACGCUCAGAUAUCUCGUGGUGAGACCACCCUCAACACCUGUUACAUGAUGGAGGAGCUGAUAGAAGGUGACAAGGUGUGGGUAAUGCAGGGCAUGGGGGGUUGUGCCUGGGCCAGCUCCACCUCCAGAACCAUCACCUUCUCCGGCAUAUUGUUGGCAAGUAAUGGUGCGUCCAAUCUGGGAGGGGAGUACGUCCCUAGCACCUCCCUUCCGCUGCCCAUCAACGAGACAACGUCCAGCUCUGCAGGCCCGAGUGCUACUUUGUCCAGCAUGACUGUUGCCCUGCUGCUCUGGUUUCCACUUCUGGAUUAAUCACGGCAAAGUGAAAGAUACCUACAGUAUAAUCUAUGUGUAUAAUCUUAAUUUCAUUCUGUAUUUUUAAGAUUCUAAUGUGACCUCAUCUAAAAGAGUAAGGGUUUUAUAAACCAUCAGAACCACAGAUAUGCUUUGCUGAUAUUUUUCUGUGUGGCAUUUUGAUUUUUUAGAUUAUACCAAUUGAGAAGGUCAAGGUAUACCUGUCCUGAAUGUCCCCACUCAAAGGUGUGGUAAAAAGCCUUUUUAUUGCUUUCAGAAAGAAGGUCAAAUUUUAGGGGUAAGACAAACAGAGGCCUUCAGAAUCCAUUGAUUUGGUCCUUCUUAAAUUUGGCAGCAGGAUCUAUAAACAUCAUUCACCCUACAUUGUAAACAGCAUGUUAAGGCUCAUCUGCUUUGGAGUUUGAUGUAUUUGACGAAAACAUUCUUUAUUCUUGAAGAAGACAGUUCAGUCUUGACGUAAUUAGUCAUUUCCUUACAUGGACCUUUCAACUUUCAGGAAAUGUUUGUAUGUUAUACUAAUCAGACACUUAUAACUGCAUUAGUGGAACAAGAUUGAGGGUAUUUGGGGUACUAGAAUGCAGAGGAAUUCCCAAAAAAGCCCCUUGUCUAAUAGCUAAUGUGUUAUGCAUGUUAAUGUUGGUCGAUAUUCACCCUUCUUUUAGCUUUGUUUUUGGUCUGAGACAGUGGCGGCUGGUCAAUGCGGGGCGCUGGGGCGCCGCCCCAUCCAAUAAUCUAGAGAAAGUCUACUUAAACAUAUUAAAUAUAAAUUAAUUAGAUAAUGCUAAAUCAUUAUGAAAUAAAAAGUAUUUGCUUGUAAAAUGCGCCUGUUAGUCUCUCAGCACCUGUCAGCAUUCAUUAUAAAUCGAUUCCAAAUUGUAUUUUAUUAGUUUCUAUAUGUACUUCCUGUAUGCGGGGCGCCGGCCUAAUGGGAGUCAAUGCAAGCCCUCAAACUUUUGACAAGCACAUGACCUGAGGCUGCUCUUUCAUUGGCCUGCGUCACGUUUCCCACGGAGCGCAGCUCAGUGCGCCCCGGACACGCCCACUUUUAUUGGCAGCGAAUUGUUGUUGUUUCAUGUUUUUUAAUCCUACUGUGAUUGGACAGUUCCGGCUGUCAUUCACGCACUCCAGUUAGCUUCUGUCACCCAAAUUCCUGCUGACGGUAGAUUCAGGAGAUGACGUUAAAGUGGAGCCGCGGAAAUUAAAGAAGAUUAUUUUGUAAUUUCUCUACAAAAACAUAAUUUCACAAGACUUUCAUUAGAAGAGAGAAAGAGGAUAAAGCAGCAGCAGAUGAUGGAGGAGCUGAGAGUUUCUCCUGCUGAUGAAAUGAUAAACGGAGCUGGCUAGCUGGAUGCAGUGUGAGUUAUUCCUUUUAUUGCUUAAUCUGUUUGCUGUUUCAAAGAGUCAGCACCGAAGCGUUGUGGACAAUGACGGGGGAACGAGACCUAAAACAUCUCUCUGAAAAAAAUCAAACAGAAAGCUGCAGCCAUCGAGACAAUAGCAUGGAGCUAAGUUGUUUUUAGCAGAUUUAGCAUUGCUGAGCUCUUUCUGCAGCUGUUUCACCACAUCUGGCCACAUGUAGACCUCUGCUAUGCCAAGCUCCAGAAGAGGAACAUAGGUUCAGUCAGUGGCUGCAUCCAGCAGCUCCAACAGGACAUAUAAAAGAUCAGGUAGUAGCUGCAUUGCUGUUAUUAAUAUUGUAAAGUGUUAAAAAAAAUACUUUAUAAAAGACAUAACUAUGAAGUGUAAAAAAACUAAAAUGCAUAAAUGCAGGAUAAGAAAUGAUGGAAGUAAUUUUGACUAUUACAGUUGAUUUGGGGUACAUUUCAUUAUUAAAAUAAGUUAAAUAAGUUAUGCUUAAUCACAGCAGUGUAUAGUGCUUAAUGCGCCAUCUAAUGUCAUGUUUAGGUAUUGCAACAACUAACAGAUUACAGUGAAAUCAGGACUGAAGACACAAUAACUAAAAUAUAGGUGGUGUCUCUUUUUAAGCAUAUUACCUUAUUGGUAACUCUGCUUUAACUGCUGGUAACUUUAGGUGAUGUGAGUGAAAAGGGCAUUUUAUCAUGUCUGGUUAUAAUUUUUUAUUCCUCUCUCUGUGGGUCUGUGAUACUAUACUGCGACAAACCAGGGGACAUUAUAGUGUGUUGUGUUGUUUUUAGAUUGUUUUUUCUUUCUUAUUUUUAUUUAUUUUAUUAUUUUGCUGCGGUAUGAAGUGGUGCUUUGGCUUAUUUGACACUAACCCUAGGACCACCAACCAUCAAACUGCGCCCCCCAAACAUUUUUGUCACCAGCCGCCACUGGUCUGAGAUAUGGAAAAGAAAAAAAAUUGGGUUUGUCAAAGCUUGUUUGCUGGAGCUAAAGCAAUUAUCUAAAAAGGCUAAAAAGCUCAGUAGAAAACCCAAAUUGUAGCCACAUGAAUGAGCUAAAAUAGGUACGAGAGUUUAUAAUUUCAUGAGGGUUCUUACAUUACCCUUCCUACAUUACAUAACUUUAAUUGAUUUACUCACUUUAAAUUUAAUAUUACAGCUGUAUUACUGUUGCAUGUGUGCCCAUGUUGUUGAAAUCUUGGGUUAAAUAAAAUGUAAUUUGUUUUUCACAA